CGCGGCCGGACUCUGCGUUCGUCCUCGUGUGGAGGUAAAGUAUUUUCUGUCUUUGAAAAGGGCAUGAAUGGGCGCUACUUGCUGACACUUCUUUUUCCGUUGCUGUCCGAGGUGUGUGUGUCUUCCAUUUUGAAGAAAGGCAUUCUUUGCCGUGUUUGUUAGAAGAGGGUUUGCCUGGUAAAUGAAUGCAGCGUCGCAGGCUCCUCGUACGUGCAGCGUCGUACCGGGUCUCAUGUAGGAUUUUCUUGCUCGGCAGGUCUCUCUAAGCCGUCUUCCCAUGCUCGAGUCCGUUCCUGCCAGAAAUCUACGUUUUGUGGACCUGAUAUGGCACCCUCCCUUGUUUGGCAGCACUGUGCAGUUUUGUCGAGGGCACCGUGGGGCUGCGAGGAGAACAAUCAACUUAAGAAGCAUCCUCUGCUGUGGCGUGGACUAGUACGUUGCACGCAGCAGGUCGCCUACAUUCCCUUAAGUUGUGGAACAGUAGAUUAUGAUCAGGUACGGUGGUGUACAGCAACUGUAGAUACUGCUGUCGUAGUUCCCUGGGUAUCCAAUGCAGUGCUGGGAAGCUCCGGUAAAGGGAAUGAAAAUGGAUCUUUUUGAGACUCCGCGUGACCGCAAGGAUUUACGAUUGAUGCUGGAAGCUGUGGAGCUCAUUUUUGUGAUUGCUUGAACUGUGCCUUCCCCCUUGCCCUCACCGUACACAUUCUCCAUGGUUUGCAAUUCAUCGUUGAAUUUCGUGUGUCAAAGCAACGAAUAUCGCUUGGGAUUCAUUUCCACAUUAACAACAACCUCACGAAACGAUGGGAUGCGCACGGCGCUUAGACUCAGUCCUCAGGCCUCUCCCUGGUCUCCGCAAAACAGCGGCUCCAGGAGGAGCACGCUUAUCUAGCAUUCCUUGUGAAUGCAGACUCUUCACCUUCGUUAAGUUUUUGAUUUGAUGUAUUCUGCGCUACCGACAUCUUUUUGGGUGCCGCGAAUGAACCUGAAUCUGAUUUAAACACUGUCUAGCGUGGUGAUGCACUCUGAGCUGGAAUCGUGUGGAGCGACGUUUUGGGAAGGUUACGUCCGCACAUAGACCGCUUGCCAUCGUUCCUGAAGAACCAAAUAAAUUACAGUAUAAAACGAAAUUCAGUGUCGGAAGCAAGCGAGUGAACCGAAGGACGCCCCGGCAAAACGCGGAGCCCUCCAAAAAACUUCAUAUCGUUGUGAAAAUAGGUGGAAUGCAUACAUCCUAAAUUCGCUUCUGGGCUGAACAGCAGCGCGGAUGCUUUGGUACGGUGCUGCUGGGUAUGCUACUCACCGUAAGCAGAAAACGUGGUGGCAAUAAGCAUCGUUUGUUAGUUUUCCGUUCACCUUCAACGUGAAGGUGAACAUGUGCCUGCGUUUCCGCCGACACGAUGACAAGCGACAGUCAGCACGUUUCUUGUAUCGUCCCGGUUACCAUUUCUCUAUGAUGCGUCGCUUUGAUUCAGUUCUCGCAGUAAAUUUCUCUGGAACCUGGGGUAUCAGAGGUUGUUUCACGUGGCCUGCAACGUAUAACAAUUGGGUGUUGAACAGUUCAGAGGAGCGACAGCUGUCUUUUCCGUGACGUGAAUGUCCAGGUUACAGUAAGGCGAAGUUACUGUACUGCCAUGUCUUCCUCGGCAUCACGUGUGAGUAGGUCUGUGAAACUCGUUUGCUGCAGUCUAACAGUGUACUGGCAUGCGAGGUUUCCUUGUAUUCAGUGAUACGCCGUCGAGCAACGCUUGGAUCAUAAAGUGUUCAGACCUUUGGCUACCCGUUGGUAAAACCAGCGGCCAAUGCCCAAAGCUCUCCACCAGGCAUUUACCAUAGAAGCACCCACGUUUCGGAAGGCUUUCAUAAGCUUGUCACCUCGGUGAUGUUUAGUGCUGUGCGUUUGCUUCAAGAUUUUUCCUCCCAGAAACUAAAGCAUAUCCCAAAGAACAAGGUCCCAUACUGGGAACACAAGAAUAGGCCGUCGUGUAAGCGUGUAACUAGGGUCAGCCGCCAGACCACCGGGGGCUCCUUCCUCCCAAGUCUAUCUACCACCAGGCUUCAAUUGAAUGCACAUUAUGCAAUAAAACGGAAUGGUUUCCAUUUCUUUUGGUUUUGGAAAACCUCACCACUGGGCCCAACUUAUAUUUAAGCAGUCUUGAUAUAUUUUGCGGAGGACCGUGUGAACCAAGUUUGUGGUAAAAACCAGAAGCAGCGAACGAGAAACAGGUUGAAUUCCGAAAAUGAUCGUAUGCGGGGGUCACGCUUUUGGGGCCUGUAGAUGCCCAUCCCCCUGAAUUGCAUACUGUGUCUCACAGCAACACAUCUCUGGUGGUGCUAGAACGUGGAAGACAACGCACCAGUAUCAUUCCUGCGUUGAUAUGCUUGCCAUUUCAAACGUCGUCAUAUUCAAAGUAAGGUACGUGUACUUUUCUCCGCGUACGCCGUCUUUCCUUUUUCCGAAAAGCAAUACGGCUGUGCUCUAUUCAGCCUCUGCUGAGAUUGCUCCAUUAUCGUUGCCCACGGUGUUACAGUGGUGGGUGUAAAUUGAACUUCUUCGUUUCGUGUUUUGGUAUACGACCAUGUGAUCACAGUGCGGGAUGAAUAAUUAUGCGCCGAUACGUCUUAAGGGAGCGAACCGCAUGGCUGGCUAGAGGGAAAGCCCUGUUCGCCCAAAAAGCAGUCUACGGAAUCACCAUAUCCUACCACUUUUGGCUAGACAGCAAAAUGCAAAGACUUUGGCCCGUACUCGGAUCACCAAACAGCGCCAAUACCAAAAGUGGUGGUGCCCUGGUAUUCAAGUUGAAUUUUCCUGUGACAGUACCAGUUGAAAAACGGUGUCGGUCGACGCGCCUUUUCACACGUCUUAAAAACUAAAUACCAAUGCGAAAGAAGCUUCUUUCAAUUAGAGCUACAGUCAUAUUCUUCGUCCUCGACAGAUAUUGUCUACUUACCUGUUCCGUUUCUCACGGCUUAAGGACUUCUGCUGAUGUUCCAAAGUCAAUAACCCGGUCAAUCCGUUUUCGCCGCGUUCGCCUUUCCAGAGUCUUUUGAUGUGAUAAAAUCAGGCUGGAAGCUUUCAGGGAGAAGGUCGAGAAGUUGAGCGUGUGUUCGCUCGCGGAGUCCGUCAUGAAGAUAUGAAGCCACGUGGGCUGACAUCUGUCAUUCCGGGGACGAAAGAAGUCGUGGCUCUUUUCUGACUCGCCAACUAUUUUCCUUUCUGUCAAGUGCCCAGGCAAAUGCGUACGGGCAGACUACACAGAAGAGCACUGUUUUGAGUGAGAGCGACGAAAUAGGCAGCAGAGCAUGCCACAUGCCCGGGAGAGUGGAAAUCGACUAUCAGAGUUGUGGUAGCAGUAGCCAUACUGAGAGGCCGAGGAGCAGAACAUCUCCGCAUUCUUUGCUGGUAAGGAACAUAGUGGAACAGCAUGCGCCGCAUCCUCGAAUUACGUAUCCUUUCGAAAGACAUGUUCCCUCUGCUUCAGUUUAUUCUUCUUUAGGAGGGACGACAAAUAUGGAGACCCACAGUACAUAUUCGCUUACCGGAGGCUCGUAUUUUCUCGCAGAAGGCAGCGCCAAAAGAGACCGAAGGUCGAGCUCAGGCAGCCAGAUCACAGCCGAACUCUCAAGUUCGAGUUUCGAGACCGGGGAUGGUGGUGGACUCAGCUUUCCAAACGCGUGCAUGGGAGCGGCACGAAGCGACACGGCACAGACAAAGAUGUCAAACACCAGUAGCCACAGAAGAAGCGAACUUCCUUCGUUUCUCACGCGCACCAAAGAGGGAGCUAGUCUAAGGCAACGCGGCCAGCUUGCUCAUGAUGGCGAGAGUUUUCCAAGAGACGAGAAAAGACCCAUGUUCUCUGGCAAGAUUGACGCUGAUGGGAUGGCAGAAUCCGUCGCUUCUUUUGAAGAUACCACCCUGAGCAGACAUAGUAUUGAGAAUCGAGCAGCUGUCUCAUCGAGUAGUGUAAUUAGAAACACCAGGAGAACCAGGGAAACAACAAACGAAACACCAACUCUGUUAUCGAGCACUGGCACUGGCACUCAGUACCCCGUUCCGCACGCUGAAGACCUCAGUACUUCCAUUUCAUCGAAUGCGAGUAGGCAUUCUCCGCCUACGACCUCCGCCCAGGAUGUUUUGUCGAGCGGAGGACGAAACGCCAUGGACCGUGUGUCUUCGCGUCAAAUGGAGUUACGCGCAGCCGCCUUAGAGGCAAACCCAGAGUUUUCUCUUUCGGGUCAUGACAGCAAAAGAAACUUCUGUACCAGCACCGGUACGAGUAGUUUUAGGAGUGCCCUGGGAGGGGGGCUUGGAUACGAUGAGAAACAAGCAGGACGAGAAAGGGAGGAAGGCUCUCCACGGGCGUCGACGGUGACUUCAGUCUUGACAGAGUGCCAAGAUGAUAUGAUUCGUGGUCGUAAUAGCAGUGGGGGAAGAAACACAAGAAGGGGCUCUUACGACAGCGGUGUUGAGAGGGAUAUGGCAAGAGGUACUUCUGGGGCCAGAAUCACGAACAGCAGUCGAGAGAAAACAACAGACAAAGAGGCGAUUCGGUUACCAGAAAGACGAAGAAGCACAAGGGAAGAUGAUAUCCAGCUAGACCUCGAAGCGUCUACCAGCAGCAAAGAUCGGGGGAUGUACCCAGAUGAAUCCAAGGUUGAUCUUCGACAUGCGCUACUUCUUCCUAGCGGUCAUGUCUACCAUUUAGGUGUGCGGAGAGGCGACGUGUACCCAAGAAUUCUUACUGUCGGGCACACCGCGAGAGCGGACUUUCUCGCCGAUAGUCUUCUGGAAGCAAAGCGCAGUCGGCUGAGUCUCACGAGCUCUCGAUUCUUCAAAGUACACUCGGGCUAUUACAAAGGCACCAAGGUUUCUAUCAUUGCCACUGGCAUGGGGGCACCAAUGAUUGAGCUUCUCAUGCGGGAAGUCUCAUACAUCACCGACGGUCCUUUGGCUGUUGUUCGACUCGGAACCUGUUCGCUCUUGAAUCCACGUCUGCGCCCGGGAUGCCUAGUUGUCGCAACAAAGGGCGUCAUGGGGUGCUACAACGACUACACUUUCUUCGAUGGCUCUAUGGAGGACGGCGCUUGCCUAAAGGGUGUGUCACCAUACGUCAUUACGCGCCCGUGUGCACCAGACCACGAACUUUCUAACCGCAUAGUUGAGAACAUUUCCAAAGCUGUCGACGAUCCCUCGCUUCUUCACUUAGGUCUUCAUGCCUCGGCUGAGAAUUUUUAUGCAUGUCAAGGCCACGUGGACAAUUUAUUCAAUGACAGAAACGAGAAACUCAUAGAUCAGCUUCUCUCCCACGGAGUUGACAGCAUGGACAUGGAAAGCCACCAACUUCUUCAUUUGGCGAAUCGGCGUUUCAAACCCGUAAAAGCCGCAGCUGCGCAUAUCGGAAUCAGCCACAGAACAAACGAUCAGUUCGCUCACCCAAUCACAGCAGAAGUGCUGAACGAGCGAGUGCUCCUUGGAGGUAGAGCCUGCCUCGACGCUUUGGUAUCCGUACAGAUGUGAAUGGUCCGCCGCGACACCUCCCUGAGUUUUAGAAAAUUAACCCUUUUUACAUUUGCGCGAGUUGAAGAUAAAAGAAAAUGAAGCAAGACGUACAACAACUUAGUGCUGCUAGGAUAUUCUCCAUGUGUACUAGAUACCCCAACGUGUGUUGCCGUGUGCAUCAGCUCGCAUAUGCAUACAUAUCCGACUCUAGACGUGUGUACGUCGAUGAUGGUUAGGUGUGUGUGUGAAACCGUCUGUUUUUCUUUUUACACACAAGACUAUUACAUGCCUCGUUCAAUUGAAGAGGAGAACCUCUACUGCCCCUGCUGCGCCCAAGCAGGCAAGAGAGCCUACGGUACGCCACGUGUCCUUAGUUGCCAAGCAAUGUUUCGCUAGCUUGGGCUGCAGUGAUGGGGAGAAGGUCGUCGCUGUGUCCAUAAAAUAGUUGCUUCCUGUGCGUCAGUUUGCGCUCAAACAACGUUGAAAACGGUGUGCUUCGGCGUUCUUCUGAGCAUGAAACAGGACCCGCAGUUCCACUGCCGCCAGACGUCAUUCGAUAUACAUUCGCGCCAUUGUAUGAACGAUCAUUGCACACAUGUACCUAUUUUUUGUAAGCCCUAUUCUUCUUCACAUUCGAGAGUCUGUCCAUACACAUUUGCGUGUAGACAGAAAGCACGACCCCGAGUGUUUUCCAAGACUCUAAAGAGC